AUGGUUGUUGCUACCAUCAAAGAGCCCGUGACCGUCUACCGCAACCCAGCUAACCGCCCACCCAGAUGUGUCGUGGUCGGGGACGGUGCAGUCGGCAAGACCUGUCUUCUCAUCUCAUACACAACCAACAAGUUCCCAUCGGAAUAUGUGCCCACUGUGUUCGACAACUACGCCGUGACUGUGAUGAUCGGCGAUGAACCGUACACGCUCGGCCUCUUUGAUACCGCUGGACAGGAGGACUACGACCGGCUUCGCCCGCUGUCCUACCCGCAGACGGACGUCUUCCUCGUUUGCUUCUCUGUCACUUCGCCCGCCUCGUUUGAGAACGUCCGCGAGAAAUGGUUCCCCGAAGUCCACCACCACUGCCCCGGCGUCCCCUGCCUGAUCGUCGGCACCCAGACCGAUCUGCGCGAUGACCCCGGUGUCCGUGAGAAGCUCGCCCGCCAGAAGAUGCAGCCCAUCCGUAAGGAGGACGGGGAUCGCAUGGCUAGGGAACUGGGCGCUGUCAAAUAUGUCGAGUGUUCGGCCCUGACACAGUACAAGCUCAAGGAUGUUUUUGAUGAGGUAACUGUGCCCGCAAAACCAAGAAAGAGGGCAUUAUCACUGACCGGUUGUGUGUGUGUGUGUGUUCGUGCAGGCGAUUGUUGCUGCGCUGGAGCCAGCGCCGAAGAAGCCCCGUAG